AAUAUACAUAUAAUAAUUUUAUAUGUAAUACUUAUCAAACAAUAGAAUGUAAACAAAAGUGAAUUAAAUCUUUUAAAAACAUGAAACUUUUUGGGGUAAUAUAAUCUUAUUUUAUGGUUGGUUUAUAAUAAAUUUUUACAUUUAAUAAGAAUAAUUGAUAGAUUAUUAUAAAUUAUGCUAAAAUAAUGAAGAUGUGUAGUAUAAAGAUUGUUCAAUAACAGACAUGUGGUUACUUUAUAUUUUUUAGAUUAAGGAAUCAAGCACGAUUAAACAACCACAGAUACUCUCGAUAAAGUUACAAGAUAUUCAUCGGAAAGCGCCGUAAUAAAUUCAAUCUAAUCUUAGAAUUACAUUCGACGAAGAUCCAAAAAGGUCUCUCUUAUAUAAUAUUGGUAACGAUCAAGCAGUCUUAUACAUACAUACAUACAUCUCCCAAAAUGAAUUUGUUAAAAAAACCAGAAAGUAACCAGCAGAAUAACGAAAAUACGGAGGAAGAAUGUCCCGAUCUUUCUACACAGGUAGAAAAAUCGAAUAAUGACAAAGAGAAAAACGGAUAUACGAAGGUCGAAGGUUCCAAGUCUUCUAUACAGAUGAGCUCCAGUUGUAUCGAAAAAAAGGAGGACAUCCCGAGGAAGUGCAUUGCUAAGGUGAACGAAUUUAAUGCGAAUGAGGAAGAGAAUAUCAACGAGACCGGAACCGAAAAUAACGUAUUUAUGAAUAAUUAUAUCUGCGAAGUAUGCGAGGAAAAUUUCGCUACGGAAAUUGAUUUGGAGAGACAUCAGCUUCGUUAUAUCAAUUUACGCCGGAACAUCUGUAAACCGUGUAACAAGUCAUUCACGGAUGAAGAGUACAAGCAACACGUACUCGAGGUUCAUAUGGAUGUAUUACCAUAUAUAUGCCACUAUUGCAAAGAGACAUUCCGUCAGAAAGAGAAUUUGCGGGACCACUUAAAGUUGCAUAAGAGCAAGAAUUACAUUCGCAACACCCGUUUCAGCAAGAAAAGCUCGAACGGGCAUAUACAUUUACAAUUAGAAGAAGAGUCAUAUCUGCAUGGCCGCGAGAGCUCCGAGCUGAAAAUUGAGAUCAAACACUAUCGGUCUUUGGAUAAACGGAUUUUGCAUAAGGAAUGCAUAAAUCUGCUUAUAGAUGAGAAGUAUGAACAAAGUCACAAGUGCCUCAAAUGCGGCAAGUAUUUCUACCAGAAGAGCGACUUGAAGAAGCACGUAUUUACUAAACAAUGCUCCGAGGAAAGUCCGUCGACUACGAGUCAACAAAAGGAGACUCAGUAUGAGUACAAUCAUUACCCCGAGACAUUUAGCCGGAAACAGGAUUUGGAGCACAAGAAAUUGUAUACAGGCGGCAAGAAAUAUAAGUGCAAAGAUUGCAGCAAAUUUUUUGAUCGGGAAGAUGUUAGAGAGAUACAAUCUUCCACCGAAGACUUCGAGGAAACCUCGUAUACGAGUCGGGAAAACAGCGACAAUUCCGAAGAGGAAUUUGAUUUCGAAAAUUACACAAGUGAUGAGUUUUCAAAAUUCUCGUAAAAAUCCUGUAGACCCAAAUUCUAGUACGACCUUUGUGAAAAACAUUUGGCUGAUGAUUUGCAGGAGUACAUGAAGAAGCACACGAAUGACAAGAAUUGCGAGUGCUAUCAUUGUAACACGAGUUUCGAAAUGAACCAAUAGAAUAGGCACAAAUGUAGAGGCAAGUGAAAUGUACACUCCGAGAAAAAUAUAUGUCGGUGCGGCAAUAGAUUUAAAUAUGAAAAUAAUUUCGGAAAUGACAAAUGCAUUUCAUAAAUGAUAUGCUCUAGCAAGAAAUAAAUAACGAAUCCGAUUCUGGAUAAUUCAAAUAUCUUUUGAACUCAAAAAUUAUUCUUCUCGCAAAUAACGUCCUGUAAUCAUAUAAUAUUGUAUAUGACUAAGCUACUUUUAAGUAAUGAAGUGUUGAAAAGUAUGUAGUACAAUUCAAUCACAUAGAAAAUUUUGCUUGCGUGUAAAUCAAAAUUGAAUAAUUAAUAACAUCUUCUCUGUUUUAAAUUUAGAU